UCAGUCUGCAAGAAAAUUUUCUGAAGUUUUUAAUCGACCCUUUGUAGUAGUACGGCCUAGUUUUGGAUUGGGCAACGUUGGACUUUAUGUCACGUAUUAUUUGGCCAUCACAAAUGUGUGCUGUAAACAGACUAUGGUCCAAUCGCCUUGCGCCAAAUAAAUUUACGCCUCACGACCUUUCGUGAGGCUUUCGUCAUCGGGUUGUUUGUUUUCACCCUUACGCUGUAUUGUUUCGUUGCAGUGGGCACUGCUCCAGCCUAAGUCAGUUGACUAAAGAUGCUGGAGACUCCAGACAUCACAGUCCUGAUCAAGGCACCUAAUCAAAAGCAUGAAGACCACCCAGUCCAGUGCAGAGGAACUUGGACAGUGUACCAGCUGAAGGACCACCUGGCAGAAAACUACCCCACCAAACCAACUCUGAGGGAGCAGCGGCUGAUCUACUCCGGACAGCUACUGACGGACGACAGCCGGCUGGGCGAUGUGCUCCGGCCGCACGACGACGACUCCAACGUACACACCGUGCACCUGGUGUGCGCGCCGCCGGCCGAGCCGCCGAGCGGCCUCCGGCGCCGCCGGCCGCCGCCCCAGCAGCAGCAGAUGCCGCCACAGCAGCAGCAGCAGCCUCAGCAUCAGCAGCAGCCGCCACAGGCGGCAGCACAGCCGGCGCCGGCCGCCGCCGCGCCUGUGGACGCCCCGCUGCCGCAGCCGUAUGACCUGAACCAGUGGGCGCACAUGCUGCAAAACAACCAGCACCAGCUGAUGGCCAUGCAACAGCUCUACAGCCAGUACUGGGCCCAGUACGCCCACAUGAUGCAAUACAACCCGGCCUCAAUGCCGAUGAUCUGGCCGCAACCGAUGCAGGUGCCGCCCGCGGGGUCGGCGUACCCGCCGCCGGCCGCUGCCGCCCCCGCCCCCGCCCCCGCCCCCGCUCCCGCCGCUCAGGGGCAGCCGCCGCCGGCCGCCGCCCCCCAGAACGUGCGCCUGAACGCACAAGGUGGUGUGCUGGCCGACGACGAGGACGAGGCCCCUGGCCAAUGGGACUGGCUGGAUUGGCUGCACGGCUUCGCCCGCCUGGCCGUGCUCUUCCUCGCCGUCUACUUCUACGCCUCCAUGUCGCGCCUGGUGCUGGUCCUCGGCUUCGGAUUCCUCGCCUACCUGUACAACCAGGGCUGGUUCCAGCAGCCGCGCGCGCCCGUGGUGCCGCCGGUGGCGCGCGAACCGGACCAGCUCUUCCCUCCGCCCAGGGACGCCGAAGAGCACCACCAACAUGACGAUGACGACGAGCCAGACGAUGGACGCCUGAGGGUCAGCGCUGAGCUGCGCGAGGUGUUGCAACAGAUGGGCGUGGAGCCGCCGCUGGUGAGGCCGCCGCACCCGCUGACGCUCGCCUGGACCUUCUUCACGUCGUUCUUCGCCUCGCUGGUGCCCGAGCGGAUAGAUUAGCCCGCGCUUCGGCUUCUAGCCCGUCAGCAUGCCACCAAUUACGUGUAAAUCCUCCGUGUAACCGGCGUAGACUAGUCCGACGACGAGUAGACUAGCUCGGAUUAAUCGUUUAUCAAGGAUCUGUGUCAUGGUAUUCAGUGUGCUAAUCGGUGUCGAUUGGGCGGGUCCGCGGCGCCCCGCUCGGGGUCACGUGGCUCCGAGCAGCUCGCGGGGGAAAUCUGAGCGGGUCGGAUGACGACCGUCGCUCGGCCCGUAUUGGGCUCAUCUAUUUUUGUGAGACGGUCGUAGGUUGACGGGAUCGCGCUCCGACGAUUGGCGCCGUGAUGGUUGGGUUGCGCGCCCGCCGGCGCUGCACGCGGCGGCGUCGCCAGCGCCCGCCACACGCCGCGCGCGGUUUGCUUUCGUGCGCUGGUGCCGUGCGGCGGCGUUCUGGCCCGCCUCCCGCCCGUCGCCAUCGCUGCGCCGCUAGAUUCGGCGCCGCUUGUCCCUGUUCGGUGAGGCCCGAGUUCGGUGUGGAGUGUGGGCUCUCGCCGUGGUGGGAGUGCGGUGCGGGACGUGCACAGUGUAGCC